GGGACUCUGCAGCUCUGUGCCCGUCUGCAUGGAGCCUCCAGGCGGCCCGAGGCGGAGGAUCGUCCCGCUGCUGGUUCUGAUGCUGUGCUGCUCCGCCGCUCCGGGACACGCCGAGAGGGUGUGUCACUGCAGCGGGAAGUCUUUUUGUCACUGCGACGGGGUCAAAGGUCAGCAGGGUGAACCUGGUUACCCUGGAUACGACGGACUUCCUGGAGUGAUUGGUUACCCUGGAUACGAAGGCCACCAGGGCUUACCUGGAGAAAAGGGUGAGCUGGGACCACCAGGAACUCCAGGACUGAAAGGCUCUCUGGGUCAUCCAGGAAAACCAGGUUUCCCAGGACCUCCAGGAUUGCCGGGACUCUCUGGACGUGAAGGUCCCAUUGGCCGCCCGGGAUUCCCAGGAUGCAACGGGACAAAGGGGGAUGUUGGGUACCCAGGGUUUCCUGGGGUUCCAGGAGCUGUUGGCCUUAAAGGUCAGCCAGGCCGUCGAGGUGCAAAGGGAGACUCGUUGGUCUUUCCCAUGUCUCAGGAUGAGAAAGGUGUAACAGGACCACAAGGACCAGAUGGAGAAGAUGGACUGAAUGGAGAUUCAGGUGAUCCCGGCCUGCCAGGACUUCCAGGACCCCCCGGACUUCCUGGACAUCCAGGGUUUCCAGGGUUACAAGGAGAAAAGGGUCAGGAGGGUCCCAGUCCAGUGAUCCCGGGUCCCCAAGGAGAGAAGGGUGAUCGCGGCCCGCCAGGGAUUCCUGGACAGAAAGGAAUCAAACUGUACGCUGAAGGACCCAAAGAACUAAAGGGAGAACCAGGUGACACUGGAGAGAAGGGUUGUCUUGGACUUCUUGGUGUCCCAGGGAACCGGGGGGUAAAAGGAGAAAAGGGCGAGCCAGGUGAUCCUGGCUCACUGGGUAAACCUGGGAAGGACGGAAUCUCUGGAGAGCUGGGAGGGCAGGGAGACCCGGGGCAUCGUGGUUUCCUUGGUCCUCCAGGUAUUGAAGGAUCCCAAGGAGAGAAAGGUGAUGGUGGAUUUCCAGGUCCUCCAGGAGAGACGGUCUGGAAUUACAAAUCACUAAAGGGUCAGCAAGGAGUCCCCGGCCUCCAAGGAUCCCCCGGAGUCCCUGGAGAACAAGGGUUCAUUGGAUUUCCUGGACUACGGGGUGAACCAGGUGUGGGUAUCCCUGGUCCACCGGGGUCCCAGGGACCGCCUGGCUUAUCUGGACCCAAAGGAGAAUCUGGAGACCCAGGGCCUGUUAUCAAUGGCCCCCCAGGACAAACUGGAGUUCCAGGGAAUCCUGGAAUUCAAGGAGAACCAGGAGAACCAGGAAUACCAGAGUUUGUCCCCGGAGAUGUUGGUUAUCCAGGAACUAAAGGUCCAAAAGGACUGGUGGGAUUUCCAGGAAUCAGAGGGAAGAACGGAGAGCCGGGUGAGAAAGGAGAGGUGUGCACGGUCUGUCAAGUAGUUUACGGCCAUCCUGAACCUGCAGGUGAACCAGGAGAGCCAGGUGAAGAUGGGGUGGAAGGUUCAAUUGGUUUUCCAGGACCCAAAGGUCAUGAAGGGAUCAAAGGUGCUGGAGGACCACCUGGUCCACAGGGACGCUUUGGUCUCCCUGGCUUCGCAGGGCCCCCAGGUCCCAUUGGUGACCCUGGGAUCAUGCAGAGAGUGGGAGAGAAGGGUGAGGAUGGGGACCCUGGGGAGGUGGGACGACCAGGUUUCAUGGGGCAAGGUGGACAUGCAGGAGUUGCAGGACCGAAAGGUGUUCCUGGACCAAAAGGAAACCCUGGGCCUCCUGGUCAGAAAGGUGAAAGGGGUCUAUUCGGGGUGACUGGCCCCAGAGGUCUAUUAGGACAGAUGGGACCUUCAGGUCCUCUUGGAAUCGGGGCUCCAGGACCUCCAGGACCUAAAGGCAGUGUGGGUGUCCCAGGACAGCGAGGAGAUCCUGGAAAACCAGGGGAAAAAGGUUCUCCAGGUAAAGUCAAAGUCUCUCCAGGAGAUCCAGGACAAAAGGGAGAUAAAGGAAUAUCUGGAAACACCGGACCUCCAGGUGUGACAGGACAUCCAGGUGAUCCAGGCGCUGUUGGUCUAAAGGGAGAAAGAGGAGUUGAUGGAUUUUCAGUUAUGGGCCAUCUAGGCUUUCCGGGGCUCAAAGGAGACAAAGGUGUUCCAGGAAUUCCAGGUUUACCAAGUUUUGGUCUCAAAGGACGAGCGGGGCCAUCAGGCCCUCCAGGGAUGCCAGGCCCCAAGGGGGACAGGGGUGUCGGAUUCCCAGGUCAGCAGGGUCAGCCAGGGCUCCAGGGGGAAGAUGGCUCUCUGGGCCCCACAGGAAACCCUGGACCUCCAGGACCAGAUGGUGAUCAAGGACCACCAGGACAGGACGGACCACCAGGACCUGAAGGUCGUAGUGGUCUGGAUGGUGUACCUGGUCCUGUUGGUUCUGUUGGACUGUGUUUACCUGGAGCUCCUGGACCAAUAGGAGAGCAGGGGCAGAUUGGCAUCAUCGGAUUUACAGGGCCCCGAGGCACAAAAGGUGUGCGGGGUGACCCUGGGCUGCCGGGUGUGGGAUUUAUGGGACCUCAGGGGCCAAAUGGGGCCCCAGGGUUUGAUGGACCUUUAGGGCCAGUAGGAGGAGUUGGACCGAAGGGCUUGACAGGGGACAAUGGGAAGCCAGGAUCCGAAGGCGUCAGAGGGGACGGAGGUCCUCCAGGACCACUUGGGAGUCCAGGGGAGGAUGGGAAACCAGGAGCGACUGGACUACCAGGACCGAAAGGUCAGACUGGUGCAGGUGGCAUCCAGGGUGCUCGGGGGCCUCCUGGGCCACGGGGGGACCUAGGAGAACCUGGACCAAAAGGAAGCACGACAUCUAUCGUGAUCAUUGGAGAUCCUGGGGACCCUGGAGAACCUGGUGCCGCAGGUCUCACUGGUGAUAAAGGAGAGCAGGGUUUGCCGGGGCCGGCGGGACCCGAUGGUAUGAAGGGUAGACCUGGAAAUGCUGGGACACGAGGACCUCCUGGAGACCCCGGCAGAGAAGGACAGAAUGGUCUUCCCGGUAUCUCUGGACCUGACGGUGACCAAGGAGAGAUGGGGAUACCAGGUCAUAAAGGUCCGAAAGGUUCAGCAGGGCCUUGUGGCGAUCCUGGUCCAGGUGGUAAACCAGGAUCAACAGGUCCCAAAGGUCCAAAAGGAGAACCAAGUUCAUCAGGACCAGGAGCCAAAGGACGUACAGGAGAGAAGGGGAAUCCAGGAUUAGCUGGAUUUCCAGGUGUGAAGGGGAUUCCAGGGGACGAUGGAAGCUUUGGUCCUCCAGGAUGCCACGGUCCCUGUGGUAACCGUGGAAACCCUGGUGCCCCGGGAUGUAGAGGUCCCCCUGGGCCCCCUGGUGAAAAGGGCUGUGAUGGUUCUCCAGGGGAAAAUGGCCCUCCAGGGCCCACCGGACUCACAGGUAACAGAGGUCCUCCUGGAGAUCCUGGUCCAGCUGGUCCCAGAGGAAACCAGGGACAAGAUGGGAUACCUGGGCCUCCUGGAGAGAAAGGGGCUAUGGGAGCUCCUGGAAUCGGACCCAGCGGCCCAGAAGGGGAGAAGGGUGCACCUGGUUGUGCUGGGGAGAUGGGUCCUCCUGGUCCCUGUGGUCCUCCUGGUCCUUAUGGCCCUGGGGGAACACCAGGCUGUUAUGGUUCUCCUGGACCUCCUGGACCUCCUGGUGAAACUGGUGUGAAGGGACUCUGUAUUAAAGGAGACAACGGAGAAAAUGGAUUGCCCGGAGAACAAGGACCCAGAGGUCCACCAGGCCUUCGGGGUCCUCCUGGUUCUCCAGGUCCUGGUUUUAAAGGAGACAAGGGAUCUAAAGGAGCCCCAGGUGACCAAGGACCAUCUGGUUCCCCUGGUGACCCUGGCCCACAUGGCUUGCCGGGUGAAGACAGUCCACCAGGCCCACCUGGACCCAAAGGCCAGAUGGGAGAAACUGGUGGCACCGGACCUCCUGGUCUGAAGGGGGAUGAUGGAAAACCAGGUGACGAGGGCGCACAAGGACCUCCAGGACCACCUGGGAACAGAGGCAAGAGGGGGGAGGAUGUGUCUAGAGACGUGGUGAUGUUUCCAGGGGACGAUGGCUUGCCUGGAGAGCCAGGCCCCUCAGGAAAAACUGGACCCCCAGGGAUCCCAGGAAAAUAUGGACUUCCAGGUUCAAAGGGCAGCAAAGGGAAGGCUGGUAUUAGAGGACUAGUUGGUCGUCCUGGACUGAAAGGGGAUCAGGGAGACCCGGGCGUCCAUGGACUUAAAGGUGAGGAAGGUUCAAAAGGUUCAGCCGGUGCUAAAGGUCGUCCAGGUCGACCGGGUCCCUACGCCGACACACCAGAGCAGGACGGCUUCCUGUUCACCAGACACAGCCAGAGUCACUUCGUCCCUGAAUGUCCUGCGGGGUCUACUCCGAUGUUUAGCGGAUACUCGCUGCUGUUCAUCAACGGGAACAACCGAGCUCACGGACAAGACCUGGGUACAUUAGGUAGCUGUUUACUUCGUUUUACCACCAUGCCCUUCCUGUUCUGUAACACUGAGAGCACCUGUCGCUACGCCUCGCGCAACGACUACUCCUAUUGGCUGUCAACUGAGCAAGUGAUGCCGAGCAGCGUGCCGCUCAUCUCCGGAGAUUCAUUAAAGAAUUACAUCAGCCGGUGUUCUGUGUGUGAGGCCAGAGCCAAUGUGAUCUCCGUCCACAGUCAGACCAGUUCAGUUCCAGAGUGUCCUUCAGGCUGGGACCCCCUCUGGUCCGGAUACUCCUUUGUGAUGGAAACCGGAGUUGGGGCGGAGGGCUCGGGUCAGCUUCUGGUGUCUCCUGGAUCGUGUUUGGAAAACUUCAGGAAGAUUCCCUUCAUCGAGUGUCACGGCAGAGGAACCUGUAACUACUACGCCGACUCCUACAGCUACUGGCUCACCGCCCUCAACCCCGACGACAUGUUCAGUAAACCGAAGCCACGGACCGAUCCAGGAGAGUUUCCGGGAAGUUUGAUCAGCCGCUGUCGAGUCUGCAUGAAGCAGCUGUGAACAUUGACACGCCUGCUGCUGCUGCUGACUGUAAAUACUACUGCUGCUAACACUACUGAUGACCAUGCUACUUCUUCUCCUGUGUACUCACACCAGCAGUGAAUGUGUUCAACAACUUCAUGGUAGUGAGCAGUACUGACCAAUCAGAGGGCUGAUUACAAAUUCAACUUCAUAAUUAAUG